UCCGACCACCAGCCCCUGUGCUGGGGCACAGGAGACAUGGCCUUCCAGCGGAGCCACAGGCUGAACCUCCUGCGCCUCGUUGUGCUGCUCCUCGUGGCCUUGGCUGGCAUCAAGUUCCUCUUCCGUGACAGCUUCACCCUGGAGCUGCACAAGCAAGUCAGCAAGGACAACGGGUUCUGGGGGGACAAGGGUGACACUGGCCAGGACACUGGUCCCCAGAGCCAGGCUCUGGAGCUGUCUGUGGCAAAGAUAACAGCCCCGAGGCAAGAGUCCAGGCAGCAGGUCCCCAGGGAUGUCAGUGCCACCGAGAUGAGGCUGGUCCACCUGGAUCUCAAAGGAGCUGCCCCUAGGGUCUCCUACCUGGAGCAGGUGUUUCCCCUCCUGUCCCAGCUGGGAGCCAACGGCAUCCUUAUUGAGUAUGAGGACAUGUUCCCCUUCAAGGGGGAGCUGGAAAUCCUCCGCUCCCCUUAUGCCUACAGCGAGGAAGACAUCGAGCAGAUCCAGCAGCUGGCAGAGCUCCACAAGCUGGAGGUGGUUCCCCUGGUGCAGACCUUUGGGCACGUGGAGUUCAUCCUCAAGCAUGAGAAGUACCAGCACCUGCGGGAGGUCGAGCGCUUCCCCAACAGCUUCAACCCCCACAUCCCAGACACCCUGGUCCUGCUCAAGAGCAUCUUGUCACAGGUCAUGGAGAAGCACAAGCGCUCCACCUGGAUCCACAUCGGGGCAGAUGAGGUCUUUCAUCUUGGGGAGGGGCUGGACUCCAAGAACUGGAUGAGCCGCAACAAGGGUGACACAGGGACUAUCUACCUGAAGCACGUCAAGGAGGUGCUGGGUUUCAUCUCCACGCAGUACUGGGGGCUGCGGGUGCUCAUGUGGGACGACAUGCUGCGGAAAAUCAGCGUGGGAGCCCUGCGGGAGUCUGGGAUAGCAAAGCAUGUCUCACCCGUGGUGUGGUUCUAUGCACCCGACUUCGAGGCCGAGCAGAUUGGGCCGUUCCUCACCAAGUAUGCAGAGAGUGGCUUCAGGGCAGUCUGGUUUGCCAGCGCCUUCAAGGGCACCACGGGACCAGCACAGACCUGGCCCCCCCUCAGCUACCACCUGAAGAACCACCUGAGCUGGCUGAAGGUGAUGGAGGCCCUACCACAGCUGGCCCCACUGCGCUUCCAGGGCAUCGUCCUCACUGGCUGGCAGAGGUACGAUCACUACUCGGUGCUCUGUGAGCUGCUGCCCGUCGGCAUCCCCUCCCUGGCCCUCUGCCUCCAGACCCUGGUGAACGGGGGCUUCACAGAAGAGAUGAAGAGGAAGGUUCUGGACACGCUGGGGUUCCAGAGCAUGCAGCUGGAGCAGAGCACAUGUGAGGGCAGGGGGGCAUUCCCUGGUGCAGAGAUCUACCACAUGGUUGAGCAGGUUAAUGGCCACCUGAAGGAGAGCAUCCUCAAAGUCCUGGAGGAGGAGAGUGCCAUCAAGGGCUGGUUCAGCCCCUAUCACCGGAAGCAUCAGUUUGGCAACCCCCGAAACAUGGAGAGUUUUGGCAGCAAGAUGCUGAAGCUUCAUGAGGACUGGGAGAACUUUGUCCAUGACCUGCGCACCCACCUGGAAAGUGUCUACUUCCCUGACACAGUAGAGGAGUGGAUGGAGGAGAAUGUCAACCCCUACCUGGACCAGCUGCGGGACCUGGUGCGGGACUACAGGGCCAUCAUCCGCCUCAACGCCAGGCCCAAGGCGACGUAGGGGUGUGCAGAACGGCCCCCCCAGCUCCUGCUGCACCCCAAGGGUGGGCUUUGGGUGCCACCAUCCUCCAUCUGUGCUGGUGACUGCCUCCCUGCUGUUGUUUGUACUGUACAGAGAGCUCCUGCCUGUCCCACUUCCACAAUAAAGUAUUUUCGUAGA